AUGGCACAGCCUCCCAUCGGGCUCAAGGAGGUGCUCAACCUCCAGAGCCUGGGGGUGCAGCAGAAUGCCAUCACCUUUACCAAUGUCACCAUGGAGAGUGACAAGCACAUCUGUGUGCGAGAGACAGGGGACCAGAGCCAGCUGGUGAUUAUCGACACGGCCAACCCCAGCGCCCCCGAGAAGCGGCCCAUCAAGGCCGACAGCGCCAUCAUGAACCCCGUCAGCAAAGUGAUUGCUCUCAAGGCCUCGGUGCCAGGCGUGGAGGGUGACAACCUGCAGAUCUUCAACCUGGCCACCAAGUCCAAGCUGAAGAGCGUGCAGUUCCCGCAGCCCGUGGUGUUCUGGAAGUGGGUGUCGCCCAGCAAGCUUGGCCUGGUCACCGCUACCGCAGUCUAUCACUGGGAUGUGGAGGCUGCCUCUGGCGAUCCGGUCAAGGCCUUUGACCGGGCAGCAAACUUAGAGCAGACUCAGAUAAUCAGCUACCGCAUGGACCCAACAGAGAAAUGGUGCGUGCUGGUUGGCAUUGCCCCCGGAGCCCCUGAGCGCCCGCAGCUGGUGAAGGGCUUCAUGCAGCUGUACAGCAUGGAGCAGGCACGCAGCCAAGCGCUGGAGGCUCACGCCGCUGCCUUCACCACGCUGGCGUUGGGCGGCAAGCCUUCUGCCCCUGUCAUCAGCUUUGCGCAAAAAACGGCUGCCCCUGGCGGCAGCGUGGUGUCCAAGCUGCACGUCAUUGAACUGGGCCUGCCAGGGCAGACGAGCCUGAAAAAGAGCGCCGAGCUCUUCUUCCCGCCCGAGUUUGCCGACGACUUCCCUGUUUCCAUGCAAAUCAGCGACAAGUACGGCCUUGUGUACGUGAUCACCAAGCUGGGCCUGUUGUUUGUGUACGACUUGGAGACCGCUACCGCCGUCUACCGCACCCGCAUCUCCGCAGACCCCAUCUUUUUGGCUGCCCCUGCGCCUGAGCUUGGCGGCUUCACUGCCAUCAAUAGGCACGCUUGUGGUGACGAGGGGCUCUUGAUGGGCCUGAUUGUGCUGCUGGGCACAGUGAACGAGGACGCGCUGGUGCCUUUUGUGAGCCAGCAGCUGCAGAACCUGGAUCUGGCCAUGGCGCUAGCGCGGCGCGGCAACCUGCCGGGUGCUGAAGGGCUCAUUGUGCAGCAGUUCCAGCGGCUCUAUGCCGGCGGGCAGUACAAGGAAGCAGCAGAGCUGGCUGCGCAGAGCCCGCAGGGGGCGCUGCGCACCAAGGAGACGAUUGAGGCGUUCAAGCGCGUGCCAGCCCAGCCCGGUCAGACCUCCCCGCUGCUCGUCUACUUCGGCACGAUCCUCACCAAGAGCCAGCUGAAUGCGCUGGAGUCGGUGGAGCUGGGGCAGCUGGUGAUGGGUCAGAACAAGAAGCAGCUGCUGGACAACUGGUGGAAGGAGGGCAAGCUGACUGCCAGUGAGGAGCUGGGCGACCUGUUCAAGGGCGCAUCUGAUUGGGAUACCGCACAGGCCAUUUACCAAGCCUCCGGCGCCAGCGGCAAGGUUGUGGAGGCGCUGGCAGCCAAGGGAGACUUUGAUCAGCUGGCACAGUACACACGCUCCAGCGGCGCCUCGCCCGAUUACCUCUUCCUGCUGCAGCGUCUCAUGAUUGACAACCCGGAUGCCGCUGUCAACCUGGCUAAGAUGGUGGCCAAACAGCCUGGCCCGCCGCUGGACAUCAACACUAUGGCGGACCUGUUCCUGCAGCGCAAUAUGGUGCGCGAGGCGACGGCCUUCCUGCUCGAAGUGUUGCAAGACAACGACCCCCAGAACGGCGUGCUGCAGACCAAGCUGCUCGAGAUCAAUCUCAUCACCAACCCGCAGGUGGCAGAUGCCAUCCUGGCCAACGGCAUGCUAACGCACUAUGACCGUCCGCGCGUGGCGCAGCUGUGUGAGAAGGCGGGGUUGUACAUGCGUGCGCUGCACCAUUACACUGAUCUCAGCGACAUCAAGCGCGUCAUCGUCAACACCCAUGCAAUUGAGCCACAGGCGCUGGUGGAGUACUUUGGCACGCUGUCGGCCGAGUGGGCCCUGGAGUGCCUCAAGGUGCUUCUGGAGACCAACAUGCAGCAGAACCUGCAGAUUGUGGUGAAUGUGGCCAAGGAGUACACCGAGCAGCUGACAGCGGAGAAGAUCAUCGAGCUGCUGGAGAGCCACAAAAGCUAUCACGGCCUCUACUUUUACUUGGGCGCACACCUGGCUUUCUCUGAGAACCCCGAGGUGCACUACAAGUACAUUGAGGCGGCAGCCAAGACGGGCCAGCUGAAGGAGGUGGAGCGUGUGACGCGCGAGUCCAACUUCUACCCGCCCGACCGUGUGAAGACCUUCCUUAUGGAGGCCAACUUGCCCGAUGCGCGACCGCUCAUCAACGUGUGCGACCGCUUUGACAUGGUGCCCGACCUCACGCUGUACCUCUACCAAAAAAACAUGUACCGCUACAUCGAGGGCUAUGUGCAGAAGGUCAACCCGCAAAAGGCGCCGCAGGUUGUCGGCGCGCUGCUGGACGCCGAGGCAGAGGACAGCUUCAUUAACAACCUCAUCCUGUCGGUGCGCAGCCUGAUCCCAGUUGAGGCGCUCGUGGCAGAAGUGGAGAAGCGCAACAAGCUCAAGAUGCUCAACCCCUUCUUGGAACAGCUGGUGUCAGAAGGGUCCAAGGACUCCCAAGUACACAACGCACUGGGCAAGAUCAUCGUUGACACCAACAACAACCCUGAGCACUUCCUCACCACCAACCCCUACUACGACUCCCUGGUGGUGGGCAAAUUUGCGGAAAAGCGGGACCCCAGCCUGGCUUGCGUGGCCUACAAGCGAGGGCAGUGUGACGAGGCUCUCGUGGAGUGCACCAACAAGAACGCGAUGUUCAAGCUGCAGGCGCGGUACAUUGUUGAACGUAGCGAUGCUGACCUGUGGCUGUCGGUGCUAGGCGACGACAACAAGUUUCGGCGCCAGCUUAUCGACCAGGUCGUUUCCACGGCGCUGCCCGAGUGCAAGAACCCCGAGAGCGUAUCGGUUGCAGUCAAGGCCUUCAUGCAGGCUGACCUGCAGGCAGAGCUGAUCGAGCUUCUGGAGAAGAUUGUGCUCAACAACUCCUCCUUCUCCAAUAACCACAACCUGCAGAACCUGCUCAUAAUCACCGCCAUCAAGGCUGACAAGUCACGUGUCAAGGACUACAUCCAUAGGCUGGACAACUUUGAUGGCCCCGCUGUGGGCGAGAUCGCUGUGGGCUAUGAACUGUUUGAGGAGGCAUUUGAGAUUUACAAGAAGUUUGGGCUGAAGCAGCAGGCCAUCAAGGUGGUGCUGGACCACAUGGAGGACUUGGACCGCGCACACGAGUUUGCCACCAAGGUGGACGAACCCACCGUGUGGAGCGAGCUGGCCAAUUCAUACCUGGAGCAUGCACAGGUGUCUGACGCCAUUGCUGCUUACCUGCGUGCUGCUGACACAACCAAGUACAACGAGGUCAUCGCCAAGGCCAGCGAGUCUGGGCAGUACGAGGACCUGGCCAAGUACCUGCUUAUGGUGCGCAAGAAAGUCAAGGACCCCAAGGUGGACACCGAGCUGGUGUAUGCAUACGCCAAGAAUAAGGACUUGGGCGCGUUGAAGGAGUUCAUCACCGGCAGCCACCUGGCCAACCUGCAGGCUGUGGGCGACAGGUGCUUUGAGGAAGGGUUGUAUGAACCUGCGCGCCUCAUCUAUGCCCGCAUUCCCAAUUAUGGCCGCCUCGCCUCCACGCUUGCCAACUCGCCACGCACCUGGAAGGAGGUGUGCUAUGCUUGCGUGGAAGAGGGUGAGUUCAAGCUGGCGCAGCUGUGCGGCCUGAACAUCAUCAUCAACGCUGAUGACCUGAUGGAGGUCAGCGAGUUCUACCAGGCGCGGGGGCACUAUGAGGAGCUCAUCUCCCUGCUGGAGAGCGGCAUUGGCCUCGAGCGAGCACACAUGGGCAUCUUCACUGAGCUGGGUGUGCUGUACGCCAAGUACCGCCCGGAGCGGCUGAUGGAGCACCUGAAGCUGUUCUCCACGCGCCUCAACGUGCCCCAGCUGAUCCGUGUGUGCGAGGAGCUGGAGCUGUGGCGGGAGCUAACUUUCCUGUACGUGGCCUACGACGAGUACGACAACGCGCUGGGCGUCAUGAUCACGCACUCGCCGCUGGCCUGGGAGCACGUGCAGUUUAAGGACGUGGCUGUCAAGGUGAAGGCUGCAGACACGCUGUACAAGGGCAUCUCUUUCUACCUGGAGGAGCACCCAGACCUGUUAAACGACCUGCUCAAGGUUGUCGAGGCGCGGGUGGACCACAGCCGCGUGGUGGACAUCAUGCGGCGCGCGGGGCAGCUGCCCCUGGUCAAGGACUACCUCAUCAGCGUGCAGAAGAACAACCUGCUGGCGGUAAACGAGGCCGUGAACGAGCUGCUGAUCGAGGAGGAGGACUUUGGGGCGCUGCGCGAUUCCAUCACCACAUACGACAACUUCGACCAGCUGGCGCUGGCUGGCAGGCUGGAGAAGCACGAGCUGAUGGAGUUCCGUCGCAUUGCGGCGUUCAUCUACAAGCGCAACCUGAAGUGGCGCAAGGCGGUGGCGCUGGCCAAGACUGACAAGCUUUACAAAGAUGCCAUGGAGACGGCAGCGCAGAGCGACGACCGCGAGAUUGCGGAAGACCUGCUGCGCUUCUUUGUGGACGAGGGGCAGCGCGAGGACUACACUUCCAAGGUUGACACGCUCAUGCAUGAGCGCCGCGAGGCGCAGGAGGUGCGGCAGAGCGAGGAGGAGAAGGCCAAAGAGCAGGAGCAGGCAGCCAAUGCGUACUUGCACCUGAAUAGCUACCUCGCGCUCCCCGCCCCCGCGGCCCCUGGCGGCGGGGUCGGCGGCGCGGGCUACGGGGGCAUGCCUCCGCAGUUUUAG